AUGCAACCGCUGCGGCACGCCCAGGAGCGAGCGCCAGCAGGCAAAGGAUACCAUCCAGGUGAUUGGGAGGCCGUGCCAGCCAAAGGGGGGCAGAAGGGCGGCGCCCCGGUCGUCGGAGUGGACGGCAAUUGGCGCUGCCCUGCUUGCAACAAUGUGAACUUUGGCCAUCGGACGGCCUGCAAUCGUUGCGGUGCUGCGAAGCCCGAUCAAGGUCCCAGCUACCCCGGCAAGGGCGGAAAAAGCCAGAAGGGCAAGGCGCCGGUGGAAGGUGAGAACGGGAAUUGGAAGUGCCCGCACUGUGCCAAUGUCAACUUUGCCAGCCGGGAGAACUGCAAUCGCUGCGGCAUGCCCAAGCCCAAGAGCGAGGAAUCUGAUGACAUGGAUGCCGUCAGUUUGCUGGAGUCGCUGUUGACGCCGGCGGCGAAGCGUGCCAAGCUCUCCUGA